AUGGAUUCCACGUCUGCAUCGCCGCUGGUGCUGCAGUUGUGCGACCUGCUUAACAACUCGGUCUUCCCAGCACAACUCGCCUCCGCCAUCAAGGCCAACCCACGCGAGUCUCUGUUUCUAAAAAUCGAUGCAUCGCUCAUCACUGGUGCCCAGUUGGAAUCUGACAAGUGCUCAUUACAUCUUGGCUGCAUCGACCUCUCUAGUGGGACGGCUGUGCCGUUACCUCCGCCCACGCCGGCGUCUACUCCUAGUCCAAGGGGUAACGGAGAUAGUCUAACUCCUACUUCAGAUACCUCUAAUUGUCAAUCCUCGAAGCGACGCAAGACAGUGAGCGGGCUCCGACUUGCGCCUGCGCCAGCAACCAAACAAAUACAGCCAACUACUGCAGAUAAUAACACGAUAGAAAGCACAGAUGAGACUCCAAAGUCAGUGCGCCAAUUUCACAGUGACACUCGCUUUCCGCAGCGCUCCAAACCCGGACAGGGCAUUUCACCACCGGUUCUCGAGCCGUCGUCCACGGAUAAACUAAUCGCUGGGAUAUGGCGACAGGUAUAUUCGUCUGUCCAGCUCAGCUGUGAUUUCUCUAAUAUAAAGCCCACUAUUAAUAUCCGCUCCGGGGCAAGUCUAGAGGUCUUCAAAUCCGUCAACGACCUAUGUUUAAAAUACUACAAUAGAAGCCAGUCCUCGCGCGCACUGGAAAUGAUCGUCCAGGCAUUCUGGGUCGAAUGCUUCGAAGCCCGCACCGCCGUUCUCCGCUACGAGAAACCCAUCCUAUCCAGGGCGGAGGCGCGCAUGAUCGCCAUCCGAGAGGCCUGCGUUAUAUUAAACUGGAAGGAGAAGGAUCUGCGGAAUCGGAUGGCCAUCUGGCGCGGGUACAAAGAAAUAAAAGACCACGGCGGCUGGGCAAGUCUCAUCUUCGCCAGCGCCGGCGUGUACAGAUUCUGCAAGUACCGCGCAGAGUUCGGAGAGCUUUUAUUCUCCCGGCUGGACCAUAUCAGAACCAGUCUUGAAGUUGCUGCCGAUACCCUGCACCCGGAGUGGAGGGAUCUUUUGCAGGUUAUACAACAGGACACCCCGCGCGUCUACCACGGCCAUCCACAUGAAUGGGUUACUACUACAAGUACAGACGGCAGAGCAUUUCCACUAGACUCUACAUACGAGCAUCUCCAAUCCCAGCUCCCGAAUGGAUUCCAAUACCGGUUUAUCGACGAAUGCGUGCUCGACUCAAGUAUAUACGGGACGAGGGAUCCGCGUCGGAUUCCUGGGCUAGACAAUCCGGAUAUUUGCGCCUUAUGCAACGAGAGACAGUCUGAUGAAGUCCAGAAGAACCAAUGUAUGUGUUUCCCCGCUCUAUUUGGGGGCGUUCGGGGCCCUAUACCGGUUCAAAUCUUCCGCACGAACGGGAAGAAUAAUGGUGUUGUUGCGCGUUGUCCCUUCGAUCGCGGUACCGCAAUAGCCGAAUUCACCGGCCUCAUCACGUCCGGCAUCGAAGGCGUGGAUGUAAUGAUCGGUGGCUCAGACGGACGAACAUUCCAAAUCUUCCAGGGUGAAAUGGGCAACUUCACGCGCUUCAUCAACCACUCGUGUCGACCGAAUAGCCAGUUCCAGCGGUUCUACUGGCGCGGUGUAGAGCGGAUUAUUGUUGUUUCGAGGGGUGUGAGUGCGGGCAGUGAGAUUACGGUGGAUUAUUCAGAUCGAUAUUGGAGGGAGUUGCGGAAGAGGUGUUUGUGUGGGGAGGCGUGUUGUCGGUUUGGUCCUGGGGGUAAGAAUUCGGGUUGA